AUGUCUUUGAAUGGGCUCGAUACUGCCCCCGUCCUCGAAGCCUACCAAGGCGCCCUGGCCGACGCGGGCGGGUGGUUUCUACUACACUAUGUUGCAAGAGAUGAGGUUGCCCUCCACGAACGAGGCACCGGCGGGGUGCCCGAAAUCAGGAAUGCCAUCGACGGCUACGAGGAAUGCUUGCCGCUUUAUGGCUUCCUUCAAUACCGGCGCAGAAAAGUGAUCAUCCGCUACAUGCCGGAGGGAUUAUCCCGGCUCAUACUCGCCCGAAGCAAUGUCCAAUUCCAGUCCGUCACCGACAAGUUCACCCCAAACGACACCGUGCUUCCUCUAUCCAAAGCCUCCGAUCUUACCGAAAGCGCCUUGUCCUCCGCCUGUCUCCUCCAUACCGCUUCGACCUCAAUCACCUCUUCUUCGAGCUCGCUUCGCCGCCGCCGGCUGAUGGAAAUCACGGAAGAUGCCGAAGAAAAUGGCACGAAGGACGAAGCUCCGACACCAAUCCCACCUCCCCAGUCCGAGGCCCGACGCAGGCCAAGGAGCGUCAAGUCGGAAGCUACCUUAGUGCCGUCGCCCAUUGAACCUCCAGUGGAACCGGACCUACCUCCGACAUCACCAGAAAGCGAAAAAGCCUCGGUCGACCUCAUGCCACCCCCAUCCCGACCGAGCUCCAGAGCCACAAUCUCUCGAGGGAGUCCCAUCGAACCACAAUCCGCAACAAUGUCCCCCAGGUCCAUAAAAUCAGAUCGCUCCCGCUCCAGCUCCAGGUAUCGAACUAUUUUGGACGAAUUCCCCCGUCCUUCAGAAGAGGCCCGGUUGUCCACUCAAUCCAGUCGCCCCUCGCUCCAAGAUUUGGAACGGGCCGCGGGAUACACCCCAAAGGUUAAGCUGGGACCCCGACCGUCCGUGGAUAGCAGCGGGAGGCCCCGUACAGCAGGCAGUUCUCGAAAUGUAGACCAGCGCCCUGUGGCAUCCCUGCCGACAAAUAUGCGCACUUCUUCCGUGCGGAAGCAAAAGGGUGACGCCCCCCGCCCUCGAUCUCAGGGGAGCACUUUUGCAAAUAAGCCCACUAGUCGUGUUCCGCCAGUCCCACCUUUGCUGGUCCCACCCCCCUCUAUUCCUAUCUCGAGACCUCAACUUUCCCCUGGCGCCAAAUCUCUUGGAGCGUUAUCAACCUCCUCGGGAUUGACCCCUGAGAAAGAACGUUUGAUGAAGGCUUUGCAACAAAGAAGGAAGAAUAUGGCCAAGCGUGCGGAGGAAACGAACAAGAAGCAGGUCUCUGAGGAAGAGGUCAAACCAGUGAAGGAUAUUGCUAAGGAUUUCGAUGACGAUAAAGAGAAUCUCAUUCAGAUUCACUAUCCUGACGCUGAAAUGAUGCUGUCUGAGCCUGAGACAAUUCAACAAGACCGACAAUUCCUUUCGGCAAAUUCGCCCGUACCUCCUGAGCCCGCCCCUGAGCUUGUUCUCGAGUUUGGUCUUGAACCCGCCUUCGAGCCUGUUCUUGCACGCGAAUCCGUUCCUGAGACCAUUAUUGCAUCUGCUCCUGGGCCUGUCGUUGAGGCAGUCGCUGAGCCCAUUCCUGAACUUGUUUUUGAGCCCGUUGUCGACACAAUUGCUGAGCCCAGUCGCGAACUUGCCCCUGAGCCCGUUGGCCUAUCUCCCGAGACUGUCGAGUCAAUCGGUGAACCAAUUUUUGAGUAUGCUGCGACCCCUGAGCCAGAGCAGCCUUCUGAGCCUCUUGAGGCUGAAUCAAGACCGAUCACCGACCUUACUCCUACCAACGCCGAGGAUGGGCCAUGCUCAUCUGCGGACACAAAUAGCGACAAUCCCAUCCCAGCCGAUCGCGCUGCUACACCAGAGAUUGUCAAGGCGGAAACAUUGCAGACAGCCCCUGAGGAUGAAACGCGCACUGAGCACGAGGACCCCGCAAUGCCCAGUCUCGCCCCACCUACCUUUAAUCUUGACGUUCCACCUCAAAAUGAGCCUUCGGACGCUUCGCGACCUGAUUCAGACGUCCCCGAAACACAAUUCAAAAAUUCCUCAGUUGCGCAUGUGCCAACUGACGAGCCUUCUGAGGUGCCUAUCUCAGCAGAGGUCCUUCAGGCGGUUCCCCUCCCCUUACCCUCGACUACCCCUCCAGAAAGCACUGGCAUAGAAAUCCCAGCUGCCCCCGUUCUCGUCUCAAUUGAGGUGGACGAGCCGACUCCUGAUCACUCAAUUACCGAGAAAUCCGAGCCUCUCCCCCUGGAUCAGAGGCGCAAGGUCCGUCUGGAGCCUAUUCAAGUGCCUACCCCAGACUACUCGGACGACGACAACCUCCUUUCUGACGAUUCAUUCAUGGAGGAAUUAACCUCAGCUACUGUCCAGGAGGCCAGACCGGUAUCUGUGAAAUCUCCCAACAGCGGCGAUCACGCUUGGAGGAAUUCACGUGCCGUCUCGAGCCCGUUCUCUAUGGGAUCACCGUCGAGUAUGCAAGCUCUGGCUGUGGGCCGGUCCAUUUCUAGCUCUCACUCUGAAAAUGGCCCGCAUACGCCCGUACUCAUGGCCAAGAAGAUCAACGUCUCCUCUGGAAUUUCUAGUCGUAUCAAGGCGCUUGAAAAGUUUUCGAGCCGGGAAGGCACUCCCUUGGGCGCGAGUCCGGCUAUGAGUGGGCCAUCGGCCGCCUCGUCUUUCGAGAACCUCCGCAAACGCGCAUCUAUCUCGAUGCCCAGUGGCAAUCACGACACUCCAUCAAGCACAAUGCAUUCUGCUCAUGUCCCCAACAGCUUUUCCCGUGCGCCGAGCAUGAGUCGGCACGAGCGUCGGGUGUCUGUGGAUGUUACACGCCCUGCUAACUCUGUUUCCGUAACGGCCCGUAUCUUGCGCGAUGCAGAUACCUCUCCCGGGUCUUCUGGGCUUGAGCCCUCGGAGUCCGAUCUUCUCAACCUCCAGGCUAGUCCUUUGACCGUGGAGCACGAGACAUCCGAGGCACCACUCCCUCAGGUCUCGUCUAUCGAGCCUGCCAGUCUUCCCCAGGACCGAAGCAUGUCUGUGUCAUCUACUACAUCUAGUCGUCAAGCGACGUCUCGCCCCGGCAGCCGCCCUAAUAGCCGUCCUGGAAGCCGCCCCUCUCUCCCUUCGCGCUCUAGGACUGACGACAGCAUCCAAUCUGCCUCUCCCACGCCCGAAGAUAAGAAGGCAUCUCGCACCUCGCGAAUCAUGCGCCGCAUGUCAUCGAUCACAUCCAACUCUCGCCGCAGCAUUAUCGGAGCCCUUAGCUCACCAGUCAAGGAAGAGUAUGUUCCCACCUUCACAAAUGGAUCUAGUAAGGCUCCAGGGUCUACUAGCUCGCGUACUUCAGAGCCCAUUGACAUUGGCGAGGUGAACGUCCAGUUCCCAGAAACUCUUCUGUGGAAGCGUCGUGUCAUGCGCAUCGAUGAAGAGGGAUACGUUGUUCUCGCCCCUGGCACCAAUGAUGCCACCACCCGGAGCAUGACUAAACGCUACCAUCUCACCGAGUUCCGCACUCCUUGUCUUCCCGAUGAAGACAUGCAGGAAUUGCCCAACAGCAUCUUGCUUGACUUCUUAGAUGGAAAUACGCUCCAAUGUGCUUGUGAAUCCAGACAGGGACAAGCUUCUGCUCUUCGGACUCUCGUCGAGGCUCACAGUGCCCACCAGCAAUAAUCAU